GUUACAUUGAGAACUGAUGCAUUAAUGUGUCACUGAUGCAGCAGCUGGUAAAGGUGGAGCAAACAUCCUGCUGGGCUCAAACCACAAAAACACAUCAUUAUUUAAUGGUUAUUUUUUUGUUGAAUGUUAGUGAUUUUUAUAUUAAUCUGAAUCUGUUAAAAGUAACAAGUGAUUAAACCAGUGGAAUAAUUGUAGUGGAGUAAAAAUAUUUCCCUCUGAAUUGUAUCAGAAUAGAAGAACAAGUCCCUUAAAAUUAUAAGUACAAUACUAAAUAUAGUAAGUGUCCAUCACUGGAUCAUUCUGCAUCAUGAGUAGGGGAGAGCGGGGUCAGUUGGAACAGUGGUGAUGUUUCAGCAAGUAGAGAGCAGCUAUGCUGAAGUUAUUCACCACACUCAUUCUCAGCCAAACUCUCCUCUCUUUCAGCCUCAAAGUGGAGAUGUUCAGAUGUUUUCUGUUUCUUAAAGGAAUGUGUCACCCAGCAGCCACCCGGCUAAAUCCCAGCAAACACUAUUAAAUGUUUAAAUACACCAUUUUAAAAGAACAAAAAAAAGAACAAAGGGGCCGCGGUGAGGAAAAAUGCCCAUUUGCUGUUUAUACUUAAAGGAGCAGUCUGGUGUUUUGCACUUUGAGCCCCAUGUCUGGGUUGUUUAUGAUGAAGUAGAGUGGCUCAGACCAAAAUAGUGACGACUGGUUCUUCUCAGAGAGUUUGUCUUUCCCCUGCCUGGCUUAACACUGCUGCCUAUGGCCAUGUGUGAACCUGUCCUAAAGCCACCCUAAACAUUUGUUUUCAAAGCCAUGAAACUCACCGAGUGGUCAGUGGUGUUCGUUGAUGUUCGGACAUACAAAUCGUGUUCCUUUAAUUGAAUCAGCAACAUGUGCCUAAAUUUAAUCUGACAUCUCAAAUCAGUUAUCCCAAAAUUAGAUCAUGUGAACAUGAGGUUACUCACUUUAUCUUCAAGGACUCACAUUUAAGGAAAAAAUGCACUUAAGAAAAUGCAUUCAGAAUUUAUUAAUGCAUUAAGACCUUAUUACUCAGUUCAGGAGGAAGAACACACAACUGUCUUUGAGAUCACAAAUCAAACUAACUAGUGAGGGUCUGUGCUCAGUUUAACACUAUUGGUCCGUCCUCAUGAUGCAGUGCUCCUCAGCCAAUCAGGAGUUAAAGGUAAUGACACAUUAAAUUAAGGGGAUCAUAAAGUGAAAUCUGCACCCUGAGCGCACUUUUAGAGGAGCCAGUAACGUUUGGCUUGAGCUCUUCUAGCAGACACUGUUCAAUAGUCUGAGUUAUGGAAGGUUAUUUCAUGUAGAUCCAUAAACGUCCCAAACGACCCCGCUCUCCCCUACUUUUACUGUAAAUAGAUUUUAUUGCUGAUACUUUUGUAACGUAAUUUAAGUAACGUUUUAAAUGCAGGACGUAUAGUGUUUCUACACUGGGGCAUUACUGCUUUUACUCCAGUAAAGAUCUGAAUACUUCUGACAUCACUGAUUCAAACAUGAACAUGUGAUGAACAUGUGAGUGGUGACAUGAAUCUUUAAAUGAUAUAAAUCAUGAAAUAAACAGUGUAUUUAAAGCUUGUAGUUGCAUCUCUUUGUUUACAGCCUCCAUGAGACCAGCUGGGUGGCUGUGAGCAGACAGGUUGCAUUUCAGGGCAGCCAGUCACCGCUCCUCUCCGCUCCACAGCGCCCCGCUCCGGCCGGCCGCUGCACUGCGAGGAGAAGCCGUGUGAGCCCGGUGAGCGACUGCCGCUGAAGACACAACACCGCUGUCUGCACUCAGCCUGACCUGCGACUGGCAAUGGACUACGUGAACAACACCUCCAACAGCUACAGCUCUGGAGACACCAUGAGCUCCUCCUUAGCCAACAUGACCAUCAACGACCAGCACCACCAGGAGAACGGAGUCCAGAUGGGACACAGAAGCCCCGGAGACGCCAAAAUGAAAGAGGAUGACGCAGCGCUCAGUGAAAACGGGGUGAAACCUGUGUCUGAACUCUGUGAGGACGUGGUGAAACCUGCAGAGACGUCUGCAGAGGACGGCGCUGCUGGAGCUGAAGUGUCUGAGCUCUUGUGUGAAGACGAGGGGCAGCUUGCAGCAGCAGGAGGAGCCGCUCCAACAGCUCAAGCAAAGAUGGAUAACGGCUCUGCAGAUAAGAUUCAAACUGCCACCGAACCAACCUCAUCCCUUAAAAGACCAUCUGUAGUCACCAAGGGCAACAAAACACACGCUUCCUCCCGAAACGGCCCCAGCGCCAUCCCCAUAAAAACCGGCAGCACGGGGCCCAGGCAGCCCGGAAGUGGAGCUGGUGCCAAGUCUCAAACUCCAGCCGCCAAAACUGCCAGAACUGCAGCUCAACCAGCUAGUGCCAAGAAACCGCCCACUCCAAAAAAUGACAAAGAUAAGAGUGGACAGAGCAGCCCUGGCACUCCAAAAUCUCCCGCUAGCCAAGCGCUGUCUGCGAAGGCGGCGGCCGAGGCCAACAAAGUGAAGAAGGUCGCGGUGGUGCGUUCUACACCCAAAUCCCCGGGCUCGCUGAAGACCCGCUCGCCAGCCCCCCUGGCUGCUGCGGCGCCCAUGCCGGACCUGAAGCACGUCAGGUCCAAGAUCGGCUCCACAGACAACAUCAAACACCAGCCGGGAGGUGGAAAGGUACAAAUCCUUGAUCAGAAGUUGGACUAUAGUAAUGUCCAGUCUAAGUGUGGCUCCAAAGACAAUGUGAAACAUGUACCUGGUGGCGGCAAUGUCCAAAUCCUCGAUAAGAAGCUGGACUUGGCCAACGUCCAAGCUCGUUGUGGAUCUAAAGACAACAUAAAGCACACGCCUGGUGGAGGCAAGGUACAAAUUCUUGAUAAGAAGCUGGACUUAAGCAAUGUGCAGUCCCGAUGUGGCUCCAAAGAUAAUAUAAAACAUGUACCCGGUGGUGGCAAUGUUCAGAUUGUGCACAAAAAGAUCGAUCUGACCAACGUUCAGUCAAAAUGUGGAUCGAAAGACAACAUUCGUCAUAAGCCAGGCGGUGGAAAUAUCGAGAUCAAAAACGAGAAGCUUGAGUUCAAAGUUCAGUCUAAGAUCGGUUCUCUUGACAACAUCGGCCACGUCCCCGGAGGUGGACAGAGAAAGAUUGAGAGCCACAAACUGAGCUUCCGUGAGACAGCCAAGGCCCGCACUGACCACGGCGCUGAGAUCGUCUCUUUGGAAGACUCCCCCCACCAGCUCAGCACCGUGUCCUCCUCCGGCAGCAUCAACAUGACCGACUCUCCGCAGCUGUCCACACUUGCUGACCAGGUGUCCGCCUCUCUGGCCAAACAAGGCUUGUGAAUGCACCCUCCACCUCCACUUCCUCCACCACACGACCACGUAGAGGAGUUGUGAUGCCUUCCUCAUUAUUUUCACAGGACUUUUUUCGCUACCCACCACUGUUUAUCCCUCACUAACCUUUGAAACUCCUCGAGGCGUUACUUGUAGAGAGAAAAAAAAACAACAGAUUAACAAGUAGGCCGACAUGUCUUUGGUUUCUCUCUCUGUGGUCUUUGAUUUCUUUAUUUGCUAUUUCUACCUUUUGUAAGUCUCCCUUUAAGAGUUAAAGCACCCCAGCACAGCCAAAUUCUCCCUGUGAAUCUGAGGAUCUUCAUACGUGUCCUGGUGAAUCUGACGUCAUUUAACACUUGGUUUCCCGUCACAUUGACUGUAAACCCUUUAGGAAGUUAAGUCCCCUUCGAUGGGUGCCCCCGAUAUUUCUUUUGAUAUAAGCGGAGGUUGGGUCCAGUUAGUGCUGCGGCAGAAGGAACAGGGUACGGUGAGGGGUUUCGGAGGAAAACUGUUAAAAAGAAAAGUAGCGAUUUUUUUUCGUCAAGGCAGAAAAGAAAUGCUUUCAGACCUCAGUGCUGUCUUUGCUUUGUGUAGUCCCGACACGACAGGGGAGUAACCUGGAUUCAAAAAAAUAAAAAAUAAAAAAAUAGAACGGCUAGAGUAGAAACUUUGGUUUGUGUUGGGCACAGUUUUAUAAUCGUACUCUGUGGAUAUAUGACAUGUAUUUGAUAUGAAGAAACAUUUGUAUUGUGCCUGCUACUGUCAGUGUUAAUUUUCUUUCUUUUUGUUACUGCUGUAUUGUAAAUGCGCUGAAGCUUGAGGAAAUUAACCUUAAAGUGUAACUUUCAUGGCCAAAUUAUUAUUAAGAGGAAUAGAGACAGUUCAUCAUCGAUAUUUAAACUGCUGUAUGCACAUCCAAGGUAGGUAGAAACACGUUCAUCACAAUUACUGAAAAUAUUCUUAAAGAAAGACUACGUAAUGAUCAGAUGAUGCUAAAUGCUAAGCUAGUAGUUAUCAUUUAGCUGAAAUGCUAAGCUAGGAGUCGUAGAGUCGGCAAACUGAGCUGAUAUUAGCCCCCGAAGAUUCCAGUCACCCCGACUGAGUGCGGCCGCAGCAGUGACAAACCGUCAGCGUAUUAAACUACGUUAAGUGUUAUUUCCUCUCCAACGUUACAUAGUCUCACUUUAAAGGCUGAAAAAAUGUCGUAUUUUAAAAUGUACUCAACCAGAAUGAAUAUUGCAAAGCAGAUGGAUGUAUGAUGGAUGGAUGACAGAUGGACGGAUGAUGGAUGGACGGAUGGAUGAUGGGUUGAUUGGGCCAAGUUGAGAUGAAGGAAGCUGCACAGGAAUGAUUUCAUGGGGCAGUUUUAACAUCUGUAUCUGUACCUGAGCACCGAACACUGGAUUCAUCAUGACGUGACUCGGCUGGUUGCUUUUAUCUGAAGUGAUGAAGCUGCACUACACGGCCAAAAGUAUGUGGACACCUGAAUAUCACACCCAUAGAGACCCUGUGUCCUCAUCACAGCAUCACAUUUGGACUUGACCUUACACUUUAUUCUACUUAACUCAGACCUGUUGUCCUCGUUCACGGACACUUUUUGUGCCAUCUAGUGCUAGUAAGAGCACAAUACACUGAUCCAUGUAAAAACAAGAUGGCCGCCAUCUCUGCAAAGUCGGUCUGCAGCCGAUCCAGGUCCAAAACCUGAUCACAUGUGAUGGUUGAAACGUGAUUGAGAACGUUGGGACUUUAUUAUCGUUUAAUUUGAGGACAUUGAGGCUUAAUGAUCGACAGUGUUAAGUUGUUAUACUCAGCAGGUCCUGCUGAUCCCACAUAGCUAUGGGAAAUUAAAAAUACACACCAACCAACAGUCCAGGUCUCAGGAGGACAUGUGGGUUUAAGUAUCCUGUUCCAACACCAUGUGCUUGAAUCUGCUGCUAACAGCCUCCACGUAACGUGUUUGAACCUGGCUGCACAAUUGUGCUCCAGUUAUUAAUGUUCAACACUUAGCGCUCUUUUUAGCUUGUGACGACCACCUUUGUUUUAUGUGGUCACUUUUUAGAGUUGAGAAAUGUCCGAGUUAGUCUCAAAGAAGAGUGGGGAGUAAGUCUCAUUAAUGGGCGCUCUCUGUCUCGUUAUCUGUGCGUUCCAGUACCCAAACUACCAGACUACAUAGUACGCCAGAUUAAGAUUCAGUAUGUGAAAUGCAGUAUGCCAAGGAUACCAGGAUGUUUAACUACAUCCGGUUGGAUUUUGCAGUAAGACAGUAUGCUUUUCUGACCCACAGGGUGUCACAGAUAUAACCGGGUUCAAUAGGAGACUGUUUAACACCACCUUACAUGAUAUUUCAGACCAAACCUGCAUGCUAUUUAUUAUUGCAAUUCUUCCGUCUGUCCAAUGAGUGUAAACAGUCAUUGUGAGCGACAAUAGUUAAGACCUAUCAGAUCUGAAUUUAAGACUUUUUAUGGCCUUAUGUUAAGGAAACUUAAUUUAGGACAUUGUAAGGACCUGUGGACACCCUGAACCCACAAUCCUCUGCAGCGAAAGAUGAGUCACAUUGAUAGAUGGCAGCCUGUUUAAGUGACUGAUGACCAGUUGAUGAGUAAUUAAAGGAAUAUUAACUGGUUAUAUUUGAUUAUUUUAUUCAGUUAAACAGUGUUAAAUAACGACGACAGAGAAACGUACAGCUUCUGUAAUGUUGCUAUCAUGACUGUAACAUGUUAGAAUCUACAGUGUAUGCUGUUAUUACAAAAUAACAUCAGAGUAGUCAGAGUUCACCUCUGUCUCCGGCCAGCUCGCUGAACUUAUUUGAUCUCCAUGGUAACAGAUGUAUGAGCAAGAGGGUCAAGGUUUAGGAUUACACACUUCUUAAGGGCAGCUGCAGCACACACUAAAAGUAAGAAGUUAAAGAUUCUGGAUGCACCCUGUGUUUCUCUCGGCAGCAGCUGGUGAGUCCUGUGCGCCACCUAGUGGUAAGAUUUGGUACACUGUUUGGCUCGGUAUCAACUGGUUUGAAAGCGUUUACAUCAGUCUGCCCCUCCUGUUCAUCACGUCAUGACCCCGUCAAGAUUAUCUAGACCCCUAGUGGAGGGUUUUGUUCCUGAACGUGGGCACCACAGUGACAUACUGCACGCUGCACUUCCUUAACUGGAACUAAGGAGUCUGCUCCAACAGCCUCACAACAUGAAGUGCAGUAGUUGGCAGGGUCGUCCACAAACUUUUGGCCACAUGGUGUAUUUCAGCUCCAGAGCCCGUGCAGAGACAGGGCCACGGAUAAGAAAAGAUUGCAAUGGAGUGAUUCAACUAUUUAUCUGUAAAGACUUUUUAUUUGUUGAAUGAAACGAAUGCGAGCAGCUUUUAUCCUCCAUUUCUAACAAGAACAAUUUUCCCUUAAAAAUAUACUCGUGCUCAAAAACCGUCCUGAUGUUGAUCAAUAUUCCCAGUGACUCAUCACUAUUACUCGCAUUAAUAUGAAGUGAAACAACUUCUCGCAUGCACCUCAUGUAAGAGAGUCUGCUUGUUGCCUCCCCCCUUCACAAAGUGGUCUCUUUGUAUAUCCUGUCUUAUACACACUCUCUGGAUUCUGAAAGACGUCCUGAUCCAGGACUUAAAGAAAAAACAAAGUGGUAAUACGGAGUCAGAAACACUUUGCACCCAGCUUUAUGUUUGUUGCCAACAUAGAUAUAAAAGUGUUUUAUCUCUAUGAUCGCAAAGAUGCUACGUUCAGUUUGCUGAUAGGACGUAAGGGUGUGCUCGCAACAUUACCUGCAUGCAUUUUAAUUUUACACGAAUAGACCACAUUCGUCUCAGUGUGCAGGACAGACGUGAGAGCUGAGGGACGGGAGCUGCUCCCGCCGUGCACAGGAGACACAGUGUGCAGUAUAAUGUGCGUUCACUGGGUCCUCUCGUGUCUGACAGGAGUUUUUCUGCAGUAACAAAAACUCAUCACCUUCUUUUUGGUUCUUCUGACGCUGUACAGUUGUGGAAAUGUGAUUGUUCUUGUUAUUGUGCAUUUGAUCAAUAACUGGUUUAUGAUGAUUCUUGUUGCUGUAUAUGUGUAUUUGAAAAUAAAUGCUAUGAAGUCAC